CAUCGCCUAAACGGAGCUAGGCAAGUGGAUCCGGGGAGGGAGAGAACGAGAGAGUGAGAUGGUCUCUUCCAGUUCCGGAAACGAUACUUGAGGAGGGAGAGAGAUGGCCUCUUCUACUUCCGGAAACCAUACUCGAAGUGGAACGUAACUGGAGUUGGUUCGAACCCUCUGGGCUUGUUCUCACACCAACCACCUCCUCUCCUUCCCAAAAUAACUCCAAAGAUCUCUCCUUUUAUCGUAUCCCUUCUUCCUUCCGCUCCCCCUUCUCCAACUACUCUCCUCCUCUCUCUAGGGUUUCUCUUCCACUACGUUCCCACAUUCUUGCUAUGCUUGCUGCCCUAACCCCUCCAGUGCAGUCCUUCGAUUUUGGUGCCCGCCAUGCCGAAGAUGUUUGGCUUUUCUCGCCGCCGAAUGAAGCUUGGAAGGUUGAAGGUUCAUCUAGGGGAUCCUUCGCAGGGGACCAGAAGCCCCGUUCGACCUACUAAGCGAGCGAGCCAGGCAAAUGGAGAGAAUGUGGUGCCAGCUUCGGUGAGUGGUCGACCUGGUGACAUCAAUUACCAGUGCUCGUUGGGUACAUUUGAUCUCAGUAAAUGCGGUUUGGGGAGUUCUGAGAAUUGGACGGUGCUGCCGACCGAAGGGCACAAACCAGCUUCUCGUUUCAAUCAUGCAGCAGCUGUUGUUGGGAGCAAAAUGGUGGUUGUGGGCGGAGAUUCUGGCCACGGAUUGAUGGAUGACACACUGAUAUUAAGUUUGGAUAACCUUACCUGGGCUGCCGCUGCUACGAAGGUUUACUUAUCACCAAGUGGCCGUUCAUUAAAAAUUCCUGCAUGCAAAGGUCACUCUCUGGUGUCUUGGGGAAAAAUGGUUCUUCUUGUUGGGGGGAAAACUGAUCCUGUGAGUGACAAAAUAUCAGUAUGGUCCUUUGAUGUAGAAACAGAAUGCUGGUUGCAUAUAGAAGCCAAGGGAGACAUUCCGUCAUCAACUGAAAGCAAAAGCUUAAAGGCUGCUCGCAGUGGGCAUACCGUAAUCAGAGCAGGUUCUGUCUUGAUCCUGUUUGGGGGUGAGGAUGCAAAAAGGAGAAAAUUAAAUGAUCUUCAUAUGUUUGAUCUGAAGUCGUUAACAUGGCUUCCCUUAUAUUAUACAGGAACUGGACCUUCUCCAAGAUCAAAUCAUGUGGCUGCGCUUUAUGAUGACCGAAUCCUUUUUGUUUUUGGAGGGCAAUCAAAGUCGAGGAUUCUGAAUGAUCUUUAUUCACUAGACUUUGAAACAAUGGUAUGGUCAAGAGUAAAGAUCCGUGGUCGUCAUCCAUCACCUAGAGCAGGUUGCUGUGGAGCUCUUUGUGGAACUAAAUGGUAUAUCACGGGGGGAGGAAGCAAGAAAAAACGACAUGCAGAAACUUUAGUCUUUGACGUUUUAAAAUUUGAGUGGUCUGUUUCAGUUAUUUCCCCUGGUGCUUCUGUUACUACCAACAAAGGGUUCAGUGUAGUUCCUGUGCAUCACAAAGACAAGAUUUUUCUAGUUGCUUUUGGAGGACAAAAGAAAGAGCCAUCAAAUCAGGUUGAAAUAUUGGUCUUGUUCAAGAGUAAACAUUCAAUGAGCUGGCGAUCGGCCUCAGAUACAGAUCCAUUGUCAUAUGAAGAUUGCCCUGCGAGUACCAAAGAUCUUGGUGCCCAUCUUAAUAAUGCUGCUCCCCCUUGCUCUGUUGAGCCUGUUGGCAGGCACAGUCUAGCAUCUGCAGUGGAGCAGCAUGCAUCUGGCAGGAAAUCUCUCUCAGAUUCAUCGAUUGAUCCACAUUCUACUUCUGGUAAUGUAUCACUCCGUAAGCAAUUCCACCAUGAAGAAGAUUACAAUUUAGCUCUUAAGAUGCAGAAAUCUCCCAGAGAUGACAAAUAUAAGGAGGGUGGAGACUGCUUAUUGAGUAAUCCUUCUUCACAAGUGAGUAAUGCAAUGGAGCAGAGAAGCAAGAAGCACGAAACUGCAAUCCAAAUGGAUAUUGCUGGAAUUUUAGCUAGCACAGAAGAAAACCUAUUGGACUCUGAAAACUCAAACCUUUAUCAGAAGCAGGGGAAUAAUAAUCUUGUGUCUGAUAGCAAUCAUGUUGCACCUCCAGAAAUUGAUAAUAGAUCAGUGCUAACAAAUCCCUCCAACUUAUAUCAAUUGUAUGAAACCAAAAUAUUGACAUUGACUAGAAAAAACGUCUUGCUAGAAGAGCAGUUGAAUGUUGCAUUGGGAAGCCAGGAAGCUGCGGAGAAGAACUUAUCUUCUGCUACUAAGAGUAGGCAGGAGACGGAGAAAAAACUCGCCGAUGCAAUCAAAGAAGUCGAGCUGCUGAAAGAGAAGCUGGCAGGCGUGGAGUUAGCUCAAGAAGAGGCAAAUAGUCUCUCAAAUAUGGUCCACUCUGAUAAUGUGCGGCUUGAGCAUGACGUGGCAUUCUUAAAAGCAGUUUUGGAUGAUACCCAGAAGUCGCUCUGUGAUCUAGGAGCUGCAUUCGACCCGGGGGGUUUUAGCUGGAGAAAGGGCUAGAGCAUUCCAGCUCCAGGUGGAAGUCUUUCAUCUGAAGCAAAGAUUGCAAUCUAUGGAAAACAGGGCACCAACACCAAGAAAACCUUUCCACAUGUAGAAUGGAAUCGUUGUUAAGACUUUCUUUGUCAUGUCUCUUCCAUAGGCACUCCGCACUUGUAUUUGGGUCACCGUAGCCUAUGUUUGUUCCUUGCUUGUACAGAGUAACCAGUAAGCUACAUAGCAUAUCAAGGUGUAAUCGUAUCAUGUAAAAUUUGAAACUAGCAACUUGUUAGCUUGUCAAUAUUCUGGGGAACUAGAAUGAUGAUUCUCUUGACUAAUUAGGAUGAUUCUGGAAUCAUUUCAUUGUGGCAGAAGUUUUGAAAGGAACUCUGACGCAUUCUUUUGCUUA